UCUGUCUUCAGCACCACAAUGUCAGACACCCGUGAUCGCAGCUCAAAGCGAAGGGCCCGAGAUGGCUCUGAGGAUCUGGUUCCUCGGAAAAAGCAACACCGACAGGUUGUGGCUCGCCCAGAACACAGUGAAUCUGAAGACAAUGGCAACAAUGGGGACCAGAACCCGUCCAAGGCAGUGAGAAGCUCGAAGAAACAGCCUGAGCCCCGAAAUGAGAAGGAAUAUCCGUCAAUCAAUGAUCUAAAGAGUCGCAUUCGCGGUGUAAAGCGUCUUCUCAACAAAGAUCUGCCAGCAGAUGCGCGAAUCGUGCAAGAGCGUGCGCUCGCAGGCUACGAGCAGGACCUUGUGGAGGAAACAGCCCGCCGAGAGCGUUCGAAUCUGAUCAAGAAGUAUCACUUUGUUCGGUUUUUGGACCGCAAGACGGCGACAAAGCAACUGAAUCGCCUCCAACGCAGGGAAAAGGAAAAAGACCUUACUACUGAGCAGAAGUCAAAGCUCUCCAAGGAGAUUCACGCUGCCCGUGUCAACCUCAACUAUACAAUCUACUACCCUCUCACCGAAAAGUACAUCUCUCUCUACCCCAAGUCCGACAGCAACCCUUCUGGCGAGGCCAAGGAGAACAAUAAGACGGUCGAAGCGUCUAGGCCGCCUAUGUGGUCCGUUGUUGAGAAAUCCAUGGAAGAAGGCACUCUUGAUGAUCUACGAGAGGGCAAGUUGAACAUUGGCCCUGAUGGACAACAAACAUCAGCACCUGUUAGGAAGCCUGUUGCCCGUGAAAGUGAGAAGAAGGCCAAGAAGGAUAAGACGCACAAGGAGCCCAAAGAAUCCGCGAAGAAGGAAAACCUUGCCCAAGAAAGCACUUUGGACCGCCUCAACCGGAGAGAGCGUCGCAAGGAGCAGCAAAAGGCCCGUGAAUUGGCUGCCCAACAAGCUGCUGAAGGUGACAGUGAUGGUGGAUUCUUUGAAAUGUAAAAGUAUACAAGAGCAUGGAAAACCUGGUGUUUGGUGUCCUCUUUUUCUCUUCUACCUCCAGCUGAUAUCCAAUAUGCAUUAUGUGACAACUUUUGCCAGCAAAGAUGAUUAUU